CCAUCACGACCGCGCGUAUACACGCACCCCGGACUGCGCGAAAAGUUUUCCUUUGCCACGCAUCGAACGGACAAGUCCAGCGAUCGCGAACUAAAUGAGCCGCCAUGUUCCUAUUUGGAGGGACGAGGAAGCAGUCGCCCCAAAGGGCUAGGGGGCCGGCCAUCUUGUCGACCGCGGACUGCGGCGUUCCAUCCAUUCAGAUCGUAUCCAACAACUAUCACGCCGUGCCGAGGAAGAGAGGGCUGGCUGAAUGGAUGUGGACCUUGACGGGUCACAACAGGGAGGUUACAGUGAAGAGGGAACAUGUAAGCGAACUCCAGAUUAUGCUACCGACCCCGCCUCAGAACCAAAUCAGUUCUGGAGACGUCUGCUUGCUAGCUGAGAGUCCUUACAGGAUUUUGAGGGCAGCAGAGAGUGGAAAUGUGGAGGACUUCAUGCGACUGUACCUCAGUGAGCCAUCUCGGCUUGCUGUGAGGGACGUGAGGGGAAGAACCGCAGCCCACCAGGCUGCAGCUAGGAACAACACUAAUAUACUGCAUUUUAUCAACAACUAUGGAGGAGAUUUAAAUGCCAGAGACAACACAGGCAAUACUCCUCUUCAUGUCGCGGUUGAAAGCGAAGCUCUUGAUGCUGUAGAGUUCUUAUUGCAACAGCACGUCGACACUGGGGUCCUCAAUGAAAAGACCCAAGCACCAAUUCAUUUGGCUACUGAAUUAAAUAAGGUAUCGGUCCUCCAGAUAUUUGCGAAGUACAAGAGCCAGUUCAACGUGGAUCUGGGCGGUGAGCAUGGGCGCACUGCACUGCACUUCGCAGCCAUACACGAUCAUGACAUGUGCGCGAGAGUGUUGAUUACUGACCUCGGUGCCGAAUCCAAGCGGCCCUGCAACAACGGAUACUACCCCAUUCACGAGGCAGCCAAGAACGCGUCUUCCCGCGCCAUGGAAGUUUUCCUCCAAUGGGGGGAGUCCAAAGGAUGUACCAGGGAGCAAAUGAUAUCGCUGUACGAUAAUGAAGGGAACGUUCCCUUGCACUCGGCGGUGCAUGGAGGAGAUAUUAAGGCGGUGGAGCUCUGCUUGAGGUCUGGAGCGAAGAUAUCAACUCAACAACACGAUCUGUCAACGCCGGUGCAUUUGGCUUGCGCUCAGGGUGCCCUCGAGAUUGUGAAGCUGAUGUUUAGCAUGCAGCCCAAAGAGAAAAUGGCUUGCCUCAUGUCCUGUGAUGUCCAGAAGAUGACACCGAUCCACUGCGCUGCCAUGUUCGACCAUCCGGACAUUGUCAACUACCUGAUCUCUGAAGGAUCUGACAUAAACCCCUUAGAUAAAGAAAGAAGAUCUCCUUUGCUGCUGGCAGCAUCAAGGGCUGGUUGGAGAACGGUGCACACGUUGAUUAAACUAGGUGCAGAUAUUCAACUGAAGGACAUAAAUUCAAGGAAUGUGCUUCACUUGGUUGUCAUGAAUGGAGGGCGCCUUGAAGAUUUUGCGGCCAGUUGCAAGGAUCGCUGUGAGAAAAGUUUAGCUCAGUUGCUGAACGAAAAAGAUAACACUGGCUGCUCACCGCUCCAUUACGCCAGCAGAGAGGGCCACAUCAGGUCCCUGGAGAACUUGAUCAGACUGGGCGCCUGCAUCAACUUGAAGAACAACAAUAACGAGAGCCCUCUGCACUUUGCCGCCAGAUAUGGCCGCUACCACACUGCCUGCCAGCUCUUAGAUUCUGACAAAGGCACGUUCAUCAUCAACGAGAGUGACGGCGAAGGUCUUACGCCUCUUCAUAUUGCUUCACGUGAAGGUCACACAAGGGUCGUCCAGCUCCUUCUGAACAGGGGAGCCUUACUGCACAGGGACCACAACGGACGCAACCCCUUGCAUCUGGCUGCUAUGAGCGGGUACACCCAGACCAUUGAACUGUUGCAUUCAGUGCAUUCCCAUUUGCUGGAUCAGGCUGAUAAAGAUGGCAACACCCCUCUGCACCUAGCCACGAUGGAGAACAAGCCUAACUCCAUAGCGCUGCUCCUCUCUAUGGGCUGCCGCUUCAGCUACAACAACCUGGACAUGAGUGCCAUCGACUACGCCAUCUACUACAAGUUCCCGGAGGCCGCGUUGGCUAUGGUCACCCAUGAACAAAGAGCUAAGGAAGUGAUGGCUCUUCGCUCAGAUCGCCACCCGUGCGUGACGUUAGCUCUGAUCGCUUACAUGCCGCGUGUCUUUGAAGCAGUCCAGGACCGGUGCAUCACCAAGGCCAACUGCAAAAAGGAUUCCAAGAGCUUUUACAUCAAGUACAACUUCGAUGCGCUAUGUCCUCAAUUAAAGGACGAAGACGGCACAAAGAAAACCGAAAGCGUUCCGAAAUCGCAGAAAAUACCGUUACCAGCUCUCAACAUUAAGUACUCUUUCAAACACUACCAACGCUCCAAACUUGAGGUAGACGCCAUGAGACUGGCGCUAAACAACCCCAAAUACCGUCCAGAACCGUUGUGUGUUAUCAACGCGAUGGUUGCUCAUGGCAGAGUUGAACUCCUAGCUCAUCCAUUGAGUCAAAAAUAUCUACAAAUGAAAUGGAACUCCUACGGAAAGUACUUUCACCUGGCAAAUCUCCUGUUUUACUGCAUUUACCUAAUAUUUGGGACAGUUUAUACAUAUCUAUUGAUGGCAAACGUCGAUCCGACUACAGCAGCUGUAGUAAAACCGGUUAUAUGUAAUUCUCCUGUUUUAAAUCUAUCAGACGAUAAGAUAAUUUCAGAACGCAUGGAAAACAGUACAACGGUUAAUAAUAAUAGUAAGCCAAUAGAUUUUGAAAUCAUGGUGGCAAUGUACACAAGCACAGUAGCGAUUAUAGUCUACAACGUAAUCUGCAUAAUACGAGAGGCGUAUAAUCUGAAGCAGCAGAAAUGGCACUACCUAGUCGACCCAUCUAACUUGGUCUCAUGGAUGUUGUAUAUCAGUUCCACUCAGAUGGUCUUUCCGACCCUAUUCGGAGGUUUCAAUGACAUACAAUUUUCUGCAGCCGCUAUAACAGUUUUCCUCUCCUGGUUCGAGCUACUGCUUUUACUUCAACGCUUCGACCAAAUUGGCAUAUACGUGGUGAUGUUCCUGGAGAUCUUGCAAACGCUGAUCAAAGUCUUGAUGCUGUUCUCGAUUCUGAUCAUUGCGUUUGGCCUGGCAUUUUUCAUACUUCUAUCUAAAGGUCACCAUUUAUCAUUCAGCACAAUUCCCAUGUCUCUCAUGCGUACUUUUGCUAUGAUGCUUGGAGAAAUAGAUUUUGUGGGAACGUACGUGCAGCCUUACUACAACAAAUCCGAAACGGACGUCAUACUACCGUUCCCGAUGCCGACAUUUUUCAUACUUGCACUGUUCAUGGUGUUGAUGCCAAUUCUUCUGAUGAACCUCCUCAUUGGUUUGGCUGUGGGUGACAUUGAAAGUGUGAGGAGGAAUGCACAGUUGAAGAGAUUAGCAAUGCAGGUAGUACUUCAUACAGAGUUGGAGAGAAAACUACCAGCGAUGCUAUUGGAGAAAGUUGAUAAAGAUGAACUUAUUGAAUACCCAAAUAAUAAAUGCAGCAAGCUGGGUUUUCUGGACUUGAUCCUUCGCAAAUGGUUCUGUAACCCUUUCACGGAUGAUGCUGGUUUAGACCUAGUGCUGGAGAGUAGCGAGGACUACAUCACGGCGGAGCUGGAGAAGCAGAAGCGGCGGCUGCGCGACAUGGCGCAGCUCAUGGAGCAGCAGCACACGCUCAUCCGGCUCAUCGUGCAGAAAAUGGAGAUCAAAACCGAAGCUGACGACGUGGAUGAAGGGGUGUCCCCUUCAGACACAAGAGUGAUCCCUCGAUGGAGUUCCCCUCGCAUCCGCAAGAAACUCCGAACAGCUCCCUCUUUCAACAAAGGAGGCUAAUCUAACGCGUAGGGAUAAAGGUCAAGUUCAUACCCUUCUAUUUUAUCGAUUGCAAGCAGCUUCCAAGUAACCCAUAUUCCUUCGUUUGACCCAUAUUUUGCGUAGCGACAUCUGUUCUUUAGGUUCUGAAUUACAAACUUGUUGCGUAUUUGGUUAUAAUCGGAAACUAAUUUUGUAUGCAGUUGUUUCUGCUAAAUAUAAUUUAAUAAUUAGGUAUAUAAGUAACUUAAAAAACUGAUUUGCUUAGUCAUUAAACUAGUUAUUAUAACCAAAAUUAUAGAACUGGGAGCUAUUUUAUUGCCAUCUAUACAAUUUUGCCGACACCGCUUGAAGGAUACAGUUUUGCUAUAAAAAUAAGGCAUGGAAACUCACGAGAAUGAGUUUUCAUUUUCAUUAGUGCCUACUAGAGGUCGGGCCCAUGUGCAAAAGUAAGGAUACGUUUGCUUAUGCUUUUUUGUCUUUAUUUAUAGUUUGCUUUGCAACUUAUGUUUAGUUUUUAGUUCUACUUUAAAGAUAAUCAUAAUACUUACAUUAUACUUUCGAAGAUUCAUUGUAAAUGUAUAUCAAUUUAAAAAAAAUUAAUACCGUCAAUUGAUCUAGUAACAGUCUAUCAGAUACCUAUCAGUUUCUAUCACAAUUCAUAAACUAAUGAAUAAAAUUAAUUUGCUGGUAGUACCUAGAAGUUAUAAUUUGAUUAAUAUUCAAGAUCCUGAAUUAAUUUUAAUUAUGCCGGCCGUUUGAUGUAGUGGUUCAGAACGGACUGCUAUACCGAGAGGUCCCGGGUUCGAUUCCCGGCCGGGCAGAAAUUGAAAUUAUGAAUUUUAAUUUCUGUGAUGGGUCUGGGUGUUACUAUAAAAAUAUGUACCUAUGUAUUUACAAAAAAAAAGUAUUUAAGUAUGUUUAUAUCCGUUGUCUAGUACCCAUAGUACAAGCUUUGUUUAGUUUGGGACUAGCUGGUGCUGUGUGUAAUUGUCCAAAGAUUUAUUAUUAUUUAUUACGGAUAAUUAAAUAGGGUUCGUACACCUGUUAGUUUUCAUCCACCGACCUGUUCGCGUCCUGACGACGGAUCACUUUUCAAAUCCUCUUCAGCUAACAGAAAUAAUCUAAUAACCAUCUAUUUACCAACACAGUAACCUAAACCAAAAGUUAUUUCUAUGAAUUCAAAAAGUAUUUUAUAUUUUUUAAGUCGCUCAAUAGUCUGAAAAAUAAAAUGUAUGAUGACUCCAUUUUCUUUUUAUUUUAAUACCUGGAUAUAAUAUUUGCAAAUUGCAUUACUUAUCUCACUAUUAUUUCCUUUUAUAAAUGAAUGGACGCAAACUGAUCUACAGGUGGACACAAUGAGGAAAAUGCUUGUUUCAGUUAUUGGUCGAUUUAUAAAGUUAAGAAAAAGAUGUUUUGUUAAAAAACAUACAUUCAAUAAACUCAAAAAGACCAAUAAUAAUUCAUGACCUCCAUUUUUUGUUCAUAAUAAUAAUACUAUUAUAACGCAAACACUUCUAUUUUCUCUCUCGAAUUUACCAACUUGACCGAAUGGUAUAACGACCCAAAUCAUAUUGAUUGAUCAGUUUUUAAGAACCUUUUUAACAAGUAAAAAAAAAACAUAUAUUUAUUAAACCUUUUGUUCUUGCAUAUUUUAUUAAUCAUUUAAUAAGAAUCUUAAGUGAUAUAAGGUAUGUUUGUAUUAAAUUUAGUUCAGUAAGAUAAUAUAAUUAUUCAUUAUAAAUAGUACUUUUACUACUGUUACCAAAUUAGAAUUUAAAGUACCUAAGUAGGUAUGUACCAAUUAAGCAGCGAAAAAGUGUUAACCGUAAUUUGGUAUAUUAAUAAUAAAUUAAUGUAUUAAUAUUUACUAUGUAGAUGUUGUACCUAGUCAAGAAGGACCGCAGACCGCCUAUAAUUGGCAUUACUUGCUAACAUAUACCUACAUUUAUAUUAUAAGCAAACUUGUAAUUAUUUUAUAAGAAAAUGCUGUAGAUUUUUCCUAUAAAUAAAUAAACAAACACAAUACAUUAUAAGGAUUUACUGUUUACAAAACAGAUAAAAUUAAAGUUAAACAACAUGAAUGGCAGGAUUCAAUGAAAGAAUGUAGAUUAUGUAUUUUUAUAACACGAAAUAAUAAUCCAGAUUACUCUGUAAUUUUUUGUUCAUAGGUACUUUAAGACAUUAAAAUUUGUAAACAGUGAAUUUAGUAAAAAAAACCUAUUUUUAAUUUUGAUAGUAAACCGAUGCUUUUUAGGUUGUUUUUUUAAGGCUUUAAAUUUUGUUUGAAAUGUCUGCAAAAAAAAAGAUAAAACAACCAAUUAGGUAGCUGAAAUGGCCAAAAUAACACUUUUUAUUCGACAUUUUAACUAUCUUGUCAGCUUGAAUAAUUAAUAAGGACAUAAAUAAAACUAAAUGCUUAAUGCCUUGUAUGACGUCAUACUGUAUAAUUAUUAUGAUUAUGAUACUUCUAAUAGCGUUGCAUAAAUAAUGUUAUUAAAAACUACGGAAGGCACUUAACAUAAAAAGGAAAUAAUGAAGAUGCCUUUUAAAAUAACAUCUACCUAAGCUAUAGUUUUAAGAGGCCGGAAGUUUAUUUUCCUCUUGUUUACGUGAAAGAAAAUGACAUUAUUUUGCACUAGAAGGACCGACAAAGCGUAGGGUACAUCCUCAUCUGCUUCCUUUCCGCACCUUUCUUUCACAUAAUAAUAUCCCUUAUCAGUUAAAAUGUACAAUUUAUAAGUUGGUGCUUACAUUUUCUUAAUGUUUACGAUAAUGCAAUGUAAGGGUGUCAAAACGAUAAGAAAAAUAGGUAAUAAUAUCUUUCACAAUUUUCUUUUUUCAUUCGUUCGUUUCAGCCAAAUGACGUCCACUGCUGGACACAGGCCUCCCCCAAGGUUUUCCUCAAUGAACGGUCCUGCGCUGCCCGCAUCCAGGCUCUUCCCGCGACCUUUACCAGAUCGUCGGUCCACCUAGUAGGAGGCCUGCCCACGCUACGUCUUCCAGCCCGUGGUCUUUUUUCAUUACUUCGUUAAAAGCGAAAGCUCACGAUGCGUUGCGGUAUCGCACCGCAAAGAUUACCGUAUCGCGCCGCGCGGCCCGCCACACUACUAAUAUUAUAAACUAGCUUUUGACCGCGGCUUCACCCGCGUUUGUUACUAUUUAACGCAAAAACUACUGAACGGAUUUUGAUGAAACUUUACAGUAUUAUUCUUUAUUACCACCCAGAAUAACACAUACGCUAUAAUUUAUGACGAUCUGUGACAAACUAAAUUUCACGCGGGUGAAGCCGCGGGCAAAAGCUAGUUAUUUCUAUGGACGCAGCGCAACGGACUAAUGGGGCCUCACGCUAAGACGACGCAGCGACACCGCUCCGGCGUCGCACCGCUGCCGCAACGUAUCGUGUGCUUUGGCUCUGAUGCAAUGUAUGCUUUAUGAGCUUGAUCCGCAUUGCAUUGGAUUAUUUUUGUAGUGGAUCCUUGGACAAUUCAUUUUUUCCAUAUUUAUCUUUUCCCUGACACUACCUAACUUAGUAUUCGUUUUGAUAAGAGGUUUUGGAUGUUGUUAUUUUGAAUACUUAGAUAUAUUUUUGGAAAUGUGGAUCACUUGCAAUUAGAUAGAACAUUCAACAUAAUCCUUUAAGUUUAAAAGGUGAGAAUCCAGCUAAAAUAUUAUCAGAUUAAACUUAAUUUUAAGAAAACACAGGGUUAUGUAUUAAGAGAAGCUAAGCUGGUUCAUAUUCAUAUAAGUAUUGUUUUGAACUGAGAAUAAGACAAAAUAUGUAUGAAAAUUAUUUCAAAAGUAAAGACACAGCUUUAACUUUAUUGUGAAAUAGCACUUUCACUAAUAUAUUGUAUGUAUUUACGGCUAAAAUUAACUACCUAGCUAUCAAACCAUUAUACAUAAUUAUAAUAAAA